CUCGAAGUUCUCCCACUUCAUGCGCCGAUUUUUAAUGGCUGCGUAGAACUUCGCCAAACUUCGCCUCGUCCAUCUUUCACUGACUUUUCGAAGGCACUUCGGAGCACGAAAAUGGCAGGCAGGUACCUUGUGACGGUUUUGCGCAGGGGAAAGCCGACGGCAGGGGUGAGAUUCUAUUCUGACGAUGAGCCCCCACUUCGUUACAAGAUUGGUAAACGCGAGAUAGUUGGCUAUGGUCUCAACGGGACUGAAAGUUACUUGGAUCUGGAGGAGUGCCCCAUGCCUGCUAUUCGCUACAAGGAGGUCACCCCUGAGAUUCAGAUUCUCAGGGAGAGAGAGAAGGGCGACUGGAAGAAACUGACAAUCCAGGAGAAGAAAGAUCUUUACCGUGCGAGCUUUUGUCAGACAUUCGUCGAAAUGGAUGCACCAACUGGAGAGUGGAAGUUAAUCUUGGCCGGUGUUUGCACGGGUGUGGGAAUUGCUCUCCUCCUUUUCACGUGUAUCAAAAAAUUCGUUUAUUCACCACUACCAGUUACCUUCGACCAGGAACAUCAAACCGCUCAAUACGAGCGUAUGAGGCAACUGGACAUGAACCCAAUUCACGGCAUGAACAGACGUCGAUAAAUUCGCGUCUAAUUAUAUCAUAAAGCAAAUGAAAAUGAUUUUAGUUUAAGUCAUUGGUAGACGAAAAGUUGUGAUUAAAACAUCUACUCCAAUGUUAAGUAUUCUGUAAUAAUGUUUAAGGCAUUCAGGAAAAUCUAAUAAAAUGCCGUUUCUCUACUACAA